AUGGUGGACAGGGAUCCAGGUACACCUACCUGGAAAUUCACGCAAUGUUUUGGCGAUAAGGGCGAUGUCGAAGACAUUACCGAAGCCGAUAUCAUUUCUACAGUCGAGUUUGACCAUACUGGAAACUAUCUCGCUACAGGAGAUAAAGGCGGGAGAGUGGUGUUAUUUGAGAGAAAUGAGACGAAAAAAACCUGUGAAUACAAAUUCCACACCGAGUUCCAGUCACACGAGCCAGAAUUUGAUUAUCUAAAAUCCCUAGAGAUCGAAGAGAAAAUCAACAAGAUAAAGUGGUGUCGGCGACAAAAUGCGUCACAUUUCCUUCUGUCAACCAACGACAAAACAAUCAAGCUCUGGAAGGUCUUUGACAAGUCUCUCAAAGUCGUUGCAGAGAACAACCUCUCUACGGAACUAACCCCUGGUGGCGUUGGUGGCGGAGGGGCGCCCAGGGCACCCCGUGUAUCUUUCAAAGAUCCUUCGGCAUUGAAACUCCCAAGAAUGACACAUCAUGAUACGGUCGUCGCUGCUGUACCUAGACGAACCUACGCCAACGCCCAUGCUUAUCACAUUAAUAGCAUCUCUGUCAACAGUGACGGGGAGACCUUCAUAAGCAGUGAUGAUCUGCGGGUCAACUUGUGGAACUUGAAUAUUCAAGACCAGAGCUUCAACAUUGUGGAUAUCAAACCGGCAAACAUGGAGGAGCUUACAGAAGUUAUUACAGCGGCGGAGUUUCACCCUACAAGCUGCAACUGGUUCAUGUACGCGAGCUCGAAAGGGACCAUCAAACUCGCGGAUAUGCGGCAGCGGGCUUUGUGCGAUACGCACCACAAACUCUUCGAACAAGAGGAAGAUGCCUCUUCACGUUCUUUCUUCUCCGAAAUCAUCUCCUCGAUAUCCGACGUAAGGUUUUCCCACGAUGGCCGGUACAUUGUGUCACGAGACUACUUGACGGUGAAGAUUUGGGACGUCAACAUGGAACGACAACCAGUGAAGACAAUUCCCAUACACGAACACCUACGACCCCGCCUAUGCGACACGUACGAGAAUGAUAGUAUUUUUGAUAAGUUUGAGGUGGUUUUCUCUGGAGAUGCCGAAAACGUUAUGACCGGAAGCUACAAUAACAACUUCAUGAUUUACCCUACCGACCCGGCCAAGGACACCGAGAUUGUGCUGCAGGCCGACAAAUCUGCCUUCAAGGCAAAGAAGGUUGGCGUACCAACGCCGAUGAACAAGGGUGCUAACGGGAAGAAGAGUAACUCCCGGACAAGCAGUCCUGCUGGUCCUGGCAGCCGCAUGAAGAAGGAAACCGACGCAGACCAGAUCGAUUUCAACAAGAAGAUUUUACAUAUGAGCUGGCAUCCAUUCGAGGACAGCAUCGCCAUUGCCGCCACAAACAACUUGUUCGUCUUCUCUGCGCUAUAA